GGACAUUCCUGUGCUGUGAACGAGGCUUAGUUUUGCCGUGUGGUUUCAACGCUCAAUCGCCUUACACUUUCAAACAACAUUCCUGAUCGAAACUUCUUGAACUACCUCAAACAACAUUCCUGAUCGAAACACUUUGAACUACCUCAACAUGAGUUCAUUCGAAGGCAGAGUCUACGCCGUAACUGGCGCAUCUUCGGGUAUGGGCCUUGCAACUGCAAAGCUGCUUGCGUCCCGUGGUGCAUCCAUUUCAUUGGCCGAUAUCAAUGAGGAUGGUCUGAAGUCUGCCAUUGCAUCACUUGCAAGUAGCCAGCAGCACAUGUAUACUGUAGUAGAUGUGCGCAAUAGUGAGAAAGUCAAUGCUUGGAUCAAAUCCACUGUUGACAAGUAUGGCAAGCUCGAUGGUGCUGUCAACAUGGCCGGUAUCAUAACCAAAGCUACCCCAGUCAAAGACUUGACGGACGCCGAUUGGGACUUCUCAUUUGCAGUCAAUACGAAGGGCGUCUUCAAUUGCUUGCGAUCGCAGCUGAAUGCUAUGCAAGAUGGCGGUAGCAUAGUUUCUGCGGCCAGUGUAUUCGGCCAAUUCGGUGCACCUGGCAACGCGGCUUAUUGCGCCACCAAGGCAGCUGUAAUUGGCCUGUCUCGUACAGCAGCCAAGGAGAACCAGAAGAUCAGAGUCAACUGCGUGUCACCAGGGUCCGUGAACACGCCAAUGUCUCAAGGCGAAGAUCCGGAGGACGUGAAGCGAGGGCUGCAGGUCACUGCCCAGAAGAGGCGGGCUGAACCGAUCGAGAUCGCUAACGUGAUUGCUUUCCUUCUCAGUGACGAGGCGUCCUUUGUCACUGGCGCGGUUUACAAUGUUGACGGCGGUUGGGUAUGCUAAGUAACAAGUCACAUCAAUUGAGAUGUGUUGAUCAACAAACCCUCGACACCCUCCCAUUUAGG